CAGACCAGGGUACGCUCCAGCCCAGGCGCAAGCCGCAUUCCUACUCGACAAAGCACCCUGGUUCCUCACCCGCAGUUAGUUCCCCCCUAGUCAAUGCGCAUUCUGCCAUCUCACCACAGAAACCCCCCUUGGCCCUGGCCGGCCCGCAUCUGCUCCCAGAUUCGCGCAAUGGGGUUGCAAGCGAAAGAGGAGGCACGAAGAAUUCGAACAGAGCAAAGGAGGGACCGGCCUUCCCCUUAUACGUGCUCCGGGGUCUGCCCAGUGGCAGGUCAAGUCCAUGCCCUUAAGCGCCUACCAUGGCUGGGCUGGUCUUAUUUUCCGGCACACCCUUGUGGCAGCAGAGUGUGUCUCCUUUGGAUUCCCAUUUUUCUCCUCUUUUUUUUGCGGUUCUGCUCUUUUGUUGAUGCACGACGUGGAUGCGCCAAAGCGGUAAAGAGAACGAGCCAUCAGCGCCGGUAACAGAAAGUCGGGAGUUGCAAGUCUCGGACUUACACCACGCCCUGGCCCGGGACGGCACCUACGUCCCCGCCCGUUUGCCGCUGAGGUUGAAGCCUCUCCUACACUCCUUACAAUACACGCCUCGAAGAUACCGUCAUUUGCCGCACGACAAGCGCCGGACGACUUACAACACCCUUGGAGGCCUUUGCAUUAAUGAGGCGAGGCCAGUAGACUUAUCCUUGCCGCCCCCAUACAGGCCUACCUGCCCACCCCUCCUUUCCUGCGUCUAUCUGAGCGGACAUUUUUGGUUCUCUCCACGCUCCCGCGAGUCCCGCCCAAAAGAAACAUUCCCGGUGCAAGCUGUGGUUGACCCAAUACCCUCCCAACCCUCGUCUGAGCUCGUCUCUUCAUCCCGUCCUUCCCCCCACCGCACCACUGCCAGCAGACUACACCCUCCCGUUGGGGUCUUCGUCGGCGAAGUCACUCUCCGCCGUCUACCGCAUCGACGUUUCCGAGACACGACGGCACGAUUAUUGCUCACACUUGCAACGGCUUGCCGACACAUGCUGUGGGAUACUCUGGAAGCCCGGCAUUGGUAGGUGCACCGAACGUGGAGGAACCUGCCGGCCACGGGAGCUGACAGCGGGAGACACUGUUGUUCCAUGUCAUGGUUGGGGGUUGGACUGUGUAGCCUCGCCGCUUGUCCUGG